AUGAAGGUGCCAUACUACAUGCAUUUACAUGCAAUUUGGACAUGUUGGGGAUAUUUACGUUCGACUCGUUUUUCGGAAUGAAUCAGAAAAUCACGGAAAUCGCAACAGGUGUUUCCGUUUGAAAUCCAAAACGCAGAAGUUUGGGGAAAAUGGGAACGGAGAGCAGCGUUCUGCAAGGCUGUAAACUCGAGGAGCCGCUUGCAACCCCAUCGCAAAGCGAGUGGCGACUCCACCCUGCCAAACGCAAGGACGGUUCGCGAGUGUCGGUGUUUGUACACAAGAAAUCAGAGCAGGAAGACAGACGUCUGGAAAAUGCCGCAAAAGUAGAAAUCCCAACCAUCUUGAAGUUCUUCGCUUCCUGCGACAAUGUGGAAGGAACCUAUCUGAUAACAGAGCAGGUGCGCCCGCUGGAGAUAGUGUUGGGCAGCCUCACACCUGAGGAGAUCUGCGCAGGCCUGUACAACAUUGCCGAGGCCCUCAGCUUUCUUCAUGACAGGGGAGGGGCGUCUCACAACAACGUCUGCCUGUCCUCGAUCUACGUCAGCGUCCAGGAUGGUGGCUGGAGGUUGGGCGGCAUGGAGCACCUCUGCAAAUUUGAGGAUGCCACUGUGCAGUUUCUCAAGCAGAGCAAGCCCCUGAGGAAUGCUCAAGCAAUCCCUCCCGAGGAGCAAGAGGACAGCGUUUCGUCCACAGCUCCCCAGUUUGGCCACGCCAGGGAUGCGUACGCGUUUGGCAUUCUCGCCCAGAACAUGCUGGAGUAUCUCACAGACCUUGGUUCAAUGACGGCAAAUUUUGAGCAGCGAAUUAACGAUGAGUUUCUGAAUGAGGAACCCACCCUGAGGCCCAGGCUUUCAACUCUGUUGCAUGACCAACUCUUCAAGAACGACUUUCUGGAGAUCACCAACUUUCUGGUCCACCUGACUGUCAAGAGUGAAGCAGCCAAGAAUGCGUUCUUUGAAGGUCUAGCACCCAGACUUCACCGCCUGCCCCGGGAGCUGGUGGCCAACCGCCUGGCUCCAUUGCUCCUGUCCAGCUUCGUUAUGGCUGAGCCCAUGGCCGUGGCCAUGGUCUUGCCACACUUCAUGACUCCGCUGCGAGAAUCUAACAGCAAGCGCAGGGAGUUUCUCUCCGACCAGAUCAAUCCUCUGUUCCCCGAGGACUUGUACAAGCAGCAUGUCAUCCCCGUCGUCUGCAAGCUCUUCCCCUCGCGGGAGAUGCACGUCCGUCUCUGCCUGCUGCAGUAUUUUGCCUCCUACGUGGACCUGUUCGAUGUCAACUUGCUGAAGCAUGUGAUACUGCCGCAGCUUCUUAUUGGACUGAAGGAUUACCAUGACGAACUGGUUUCAGCUAGUCUGAGGGGACUAGCAGAGAUGGUACCAAUACUGGGAGCACACUUAGUUGUAGGCGGAGAGAGAAUCAAGUACUUUGUGGAGGGAAGGCCAAAGUUCUUAAGUAAAAAGGAGAGCCCACUGAAGAAUAUGGACAACGUCACCAACCUGACAGCUGUCAGCGGGGUCAUCACCAUCCCCCCGUUGGAGAAGACGCCACCCACCCGGGCUUCCCCUUCCCGGGUCCCCGACAGUGGACGGGCCUCGGAGAAUGAGGAGGAGGAGGUCGGGGGGUUGGCGGCCAAGCGGAGGGAAGAGGAGCGGGAGAGGAGGCGGGAGGAGAUGCGGCUGAAGAACGAGCAAAGGAGGAAGGAACGAGAAGCCAAGAAGGCCCAGUCGAGUGGGAAAGUGACCUUGUUGUCCAUGGCCAACUUAAACAAAGAUUCUUUGGAAACGAUCAGACAUUCUCAACCUGAAGAAGUGUCUCCAACAUCUGAGGAGACAAAUUCCUCUGAGUGUGAAGAAAGGUCAGAAGAAGGUGUUAUCUUACCAGAGGGGGAUUUGGAUGAAGCAAAUCAUCAGGACAAAGAUGAUUGGUCAGACUGGGAGGAUGUAGACCGUGCUGACCAAUCAGCACUUUCUACCAGUCCAGACUCUGUAAUCAACCAGUCAGGAUCCCUGUUACUCACUAGUAGGGAGAGACAGGAACCGGUCAAAGCCGAACCAGUAGAAACUAUACCAGCAGUGAGUGGUGAUGCUGUCGUCAAACCUGAUUGGUCCAGAGUGCAAGAUGACUGGAGUAAGGCAGAUUCUGAUUGGACAAAUGCAAACGAGAAGGGACAUGCCUCCUCCAAAAAGCCGUCAAAGUCUUUACAACUCAAAAAGCAGCCAGUUGGAAAAGUUUCUCCCGAACCAAAAACGGAAGCAAAAAACCCCAAAAGUCAGCCAUCCACUUCCAAGACUGUUCCGAAAAGGCCCGCAAAGGUCCCCCAAAGCCCCAUAUCCUCAGAACUUGGCAGCGAAUUUUCUAUACCCGACAUCAUUUUAUCCCAAAAGCAGACGAGUCAGGAACCAGACUUCUUUGCUGACAUGGAACCAUCAUUUUCCUUCACUGCUUCCGCGAGGGCAAAAGACACCAAGAAAGGAAGCAACUUAAAAUCAGCCAGGCCAGCAGCUUAUCAAACAAAUCAGACAUCACCCAUAGCCCACGUGGAACAGCCCAGAUCCACCUCCAUGGCUUUCAACAGGGGUGCAGUUUCUGCUGAGCCUGAUGAUGAUGGUGAUGGCUGGGGUUCCGAUGGCGAUUUUGACUGGGACGUGGAAAGCUGAUAGGUGCCUGGCCCACUCCACAUUCAUUCAAUUCAAUUCUAUUCUGUAUAUUCAGAUUCAGAGCUAUAUUCAAAAAUGUAUUUAGCAGUCUUUAAUGUGGCAGUGCUCAGACAUGAGUGUUUCAUCGCCCUUAGAAAUCCCAACCAAAGUGUACUCAAUUUUGUAUUUCUGGCAGUAUUGUGGUGUGUCACUGAAUUUUUUGACUUGAGUCGAAUUGAGUCAUUUUGCUCACAGUGAGUCGAGUUGAAACAUUUAUUCAGUGGCACUUGAGUCAAGUUGCCAGGAAUUGAGACUCGAAUUGAUUUGAGUCAUUACAACUCUGAUUACUGGGUAGCGUGGAUUCGCAACUCGGAGAAAUGGGGACUUCGACGAUUAAUUCUAUUUUCAGUUUAAAUCUUUUUUUCUGUGAUUUUGAUUCAUUUUUAGUAGCAAUGCAUGGGUUUUAUAAAAGAGCACAGAUGCAGGAUUUUGGCUUGUGACCACGGGAAAGAAAGAGAACAGUGUGCAGAAUGUUUUUCUUUGCAACAUGUGAAUGAGAAUGACACUGUUAGCGUAAACGUGACAUGAAAGGUAGAGCUUAGAUUACUGGGGAAGAGUCCCAUACAUGGUCAUCACUUGACACCCUGUGCACAAACCCUAUGAGACUGGUCUGAAAAAGUCCAAGUACUUUCUUCAGUAACUUGUUCAAUAUUCUGCCUGCUGAAUGUGACUUUUGAGGACGUUAUCACUGUCUGGUGGUUGAUUUACGACAGGAGUGGAAAAGUGAGUGAUGUCCGUGGCCGUGUUUGUUUCAGACAGGGUGAUCGGUCAUUGGUUUGCAGACACCGAAACUUGCAUCGUGGAUGGUGUGAACCAGCAGCGCUGGGAUCACUAAUCGCCGUCCAGAUCCAUGUGACCAAACAGGCCCCAUGUGUGGAACUCUCUCCAGAUCGAGUGUAGAAGAAGUGUGGUGUGCUGAACAUGUUUUCCUGAGGCACAAGCUGCGCCAUAGGCCAAACACAGGCUGCUUUUGAAUAAGUUGGUCAUGGCUUGAACUUAUACACAUGACUCUAUGGACUGUUGCUGAGCCACAGCCAUAGACUGACGUGUAAUGUCAAGCCACAGCAAAGUAAUUAAGACACGGCCACAUUGCGAGUGAAUCGCCCUUGUGCAGAUCCUGCACGUAAGUCUGAAUGCAGACUACAAACUAUGCCUUAUUAUAUCUCAUAAGAUUCAUUCUACAUGUUAAGCAAAUGUAUCCUUUGGACGGAAUUUCAGUGCCAAAGAGAAUGAAAAAUAGCGUUGCAGCAGGAAUUUUGUUAAACCAGCAAACAAGGGACCAGUUACCAUCUAGUUUUCUAUUGGGUACCGAUGACUCCAUGUGGUAUCCAGAUAGGUACAGUGAUCAUGCAUGGGAUUUUAUGUCAUAAACUUUAGGCACGGGAGCCCUUGUGUGUGAAAUAGUUCAUUAGGUGCUUUACGCGGCUGAAGAUGUUGAAUAUUCAUUGCUACAAAAGUUGGGCUUGUAUUUGGCAAACAUUUGUUGUGCUUUGCCAUUGUUACAUAUAAUGCCAUCUUUAUAAAUCAGCAUGCAGUUUAUAUUUACCAUAUUGGCGAGAGAACACUAUGAAAGAACUGCUCUCUGCUUUACAUUUCACAUGGAGAACAUGUCCUCUUUUCCACUCUGUGAUAUUUGAAUUGUGAAGGCGUUGACUUUUCAAUACCAGUUGAGGAAUUGUUGAAAGGCAGUUGACGGUUGGUGUUCCAUGAUUUUUUCCUCCAGUUUUUGGAGGUCCAGUUUCAACACUGACGUGAACAAGGUUCACGUCAGUGUUGUAGUCGACUCCAUCACAAGUCCCUGUAAGCCCAUCACAAGUCCCUGUAGCUCCAUCACAAGUCCCUGUAGGUCCAUCACACGUCCAUCACUAGUCAGUCAGUCUUACCCAAAUUCACAAGCUGUUCAAAUGAGCUGUGACCAAAGCAUUCUUUUGUCAUUGUGCACCCUGUUACUUAUGACAGGCCUUAUGCAGGGAACUGUGACUGGACUUGUGAAGGGACCUGCAAAAGGACUUGUGACAGACCAACUAAAACACUGGUACAGGUAUUUCUAAACCACCUACACAGGCCGAGGGCUGAUUUCCCCAUUUCAACAGUUCUUGUCUAUGGUCAAGAAAGCCUUGAACACAAACUGGACUUGACAUGAGCAGAAAGGAUGAGUUUAAUCAAAGAAACAGACCGGUCACGCUUGCUAGCCAAGUGAGUCAAUUUCACCUGCAAAUUAAGUUUCACCAGUUAAUGAAGUAACCAGUGUACAAUAAAUCUUUUGCGAAUUAAAUUUGAAUAAAGUCUGGUACACCGAGUUGUCUGAUUGCAUAUCAACAUAUUUUGAAUUCCACUGACUAAAAACAUUGUUGCUGUACCUUGUGAUACAGGGUAAGCUUUUGCAUAGCAACCACCAUCUCUGAAAUGGACUGGUUCCAUUGGGCCCUUUUUAGCAUUGAAAACGGCAUAUUGGUGGCAUCUCAUAUGUAACUGAGCAAAAAUUUGCCUGACUCAUGAGGUAGAGCAACAGUGUCUUUAGAAUGGAGAAUUCAACUUAUGUUCACUUGAAUUUGAAGAACUCAGUGUAUCAGAUUUUAAUUCGAACUCUCAAAGGAUUAAUGUGGUGGAUGAGUGCCAGUAAUGAGGGCAAAUAGGCUUUGAAUUCCAGAAUGACAGCUUUCUGUCGAGAAAUGACCUCAGGCGUCCAAGUAAAGCUUUGUAGCUUUUGCCUUUGUGUGAAAUUGGUGCUUAUUCAUGCUUCCAAUAUUUUUGUACUGCGCUUUUGAUAAUUCUGUUUGUCAGCUGUUGCUCAUUUCUGCAGCAGCCUCUAGAUUGGUGGUGAAAAUGUUAUCACAAGUUUCUGUGAAUUUGGCUUUGGCAAGAUGGGUUUACCUUUUAACUCCCUCCCUCUCGGGCGUCACUUUCUGGUAGGUGAACCACGUUUUUUAUUUUCCAUACUUCUUAUUUUUUAGCUUUUUACUCUUCUUAAAGAGUUUAUCAUCACACCUCUGUGACAAAAAAGCUAAGGAAAACAUGUUUUUCAUUGGAGCAACUGUUUACAGUGUGGUGACUCUGUCCAAAUAUUUAUGAUGUUCUGCACAAUAAUGGCAGCUUAUGUUAAACGGUCCAGAGCCGGAUUUAUGCUAUAAAUGUAUUUAAAUAAAACAGACUUAUAAAUCAAGCACCAAGCCUUUCAUUUUGAUAUUCAUCAAAGCAUGUAUUUUAGUAUUUUUUUGUCCCCGAAGGUAGCUGACACACUUUUAGACCCCUCCUGUGUGAUACCAUGGUUGGUCUGUAAUUUGGAUGUGUACUUGGUUCGACAACAUGAUGGACCUCAAUCUCGACCAAGAGAGGACACUAUUUUCUUAGCAACAGAGGCUCCUUUGGUCAGAGCUGCGCUUCGCUCAUUCAUAGGGACGAGGAAAUGCACGCUUCCUGGUUGCAUUGUUACCAACAAAAUGAGCACUACCAACCAACGUGGCUCUUUUCAACCCACGAGGGGUGCUUCUGCUCGAGUUUGAUACGCAACCCCUCAGUCCGUCUGCAGUAUUGUCAAACAGCCCAACUACCCCCAUAGAUGUCUCUCUUAAAUCGACAACUCAGUGGAAAUGCUUGUAACUUUACACAUGCUGUCAAAAGCGAUCUAUAUGUUGUUACAUGCUUCACAGUUUUUAUCCAACAA